UCCUCUGCGCGCUCUCCGCCGACAACUUGGCAUUACAGUCACAGUGCCGCGCGAAACGCCUCGUCAAAUACCUGUCGCCGCACGAUCAGUACGACUUGGACGCUCGCAUUGGAUGCCGCACAUCCGAGCGCACGGUCCGCUGCCAUCGCAUCGAGCUCCGCGAUCGAGGGACCCGAGUGAGCCCGCACCAAAGCUCACUCCGGCGAAAGGUCACUCUUACGCGUAGCCGCGGGCAGGCGGGGCCACCAGAAUGGCGGGAGCGGCGGAGCCGUCCGGUUGUCUCAUUCAGCUGCGGGGCCGAUAUGGAGGAGGGGCAGGAAAGGGGAGAGGCAAGAAGAGGGGGGGGGAGGAUCAGGGGUGGAGGGGGGGGGAGAUGCGGGCGAGCAGCGCCAGCGCGCGGCCGCGCUCAGAGGCGGGGCCGCCCCAGGAGCGGCCGCGCCGAGCUGCCGAGCUGCAGCAGCGAGUAGUCCGCCCCCGCCAGCACGGCCUUGGCCUUGCCCAGGGCGUCGAUCUGGCGGCCCGCAUGUCCUUGCGCACGUCGUAAU